AUGCCCUCAGUUGCUACUGUCAAGCCAUCAGUUCCUACUGCGAUGCCCUCAGUGGCUACUGUCAGGACAACUGUUUCUACAAUUACUUCGUUGGCUCCUACUACCAAGGCCAAGCCGUCCUGUGCCUUCAUUAAGUGUACCGAUUCUGCAGUCAAACUCUCGGCGCCCGCUAUAGUGAUCAACAUCUCUUUGAUACCACAAGUAUGCUCGCAAGUUCCUUCCACAUGCCCUGCAUCCCAAUUAAAUGUUCCUCCAUGGGGAGGUGCAAUCUUCAGUACAAAUACGGCCGUAAAGACGCUAAUAAAUACCUGCCCCAUUGACAACUAUUUAACAAUAUUUUAUGUUAUCAUGACUGAACACGGUGCUUUUUAUCGUCAUUUACAAUCUUCCGUUGAGCUGUAUGCGGUACAGCUUGUAAAGAUCAAGGACCUCUUCGAUAAACGAAUGUAUUCUGAAGGAAAGCUAACCUGGAUAACAAGCUUGUUCCCUGGAAGGUUUUACAUGACUCGUCCAGUUUUAGAUGUUUGGGGAAACGAGGAGGAGCUCUCCAUAUCUUGCCUUGGUCCAAGUAAAACCAGUUACAACAGUUUCUGCAGUUCUCAAGCUUGUCCCUCCCCUACGAAGACGUUUGUUUCACAUUCUAUUUCCCUAAGGUGUAAAAUUCUAUCCAUGCCUUUUACAUGAAAUUGAACCUGAUUUUUUACUAAUUUGAAGAACUACUGUUAAAAUUUUGUGGUGUAUUUUCGUUUCAGCGAUGUCGGUGUUUCACCACCUGGACUGUUACAGGCUGCUCUAGAUGAUUGGGUUGCCACUGAUGCCAAGCAGUUCCAGUGCAACCUUACCCUGCGAUGCCAUAUCCCUGAUGCACCGUGCACUCUUCAGAUGACAAACACCAUUCAUCCAACAACUGGUCAAAUCAUGUAAGAUUUUUAUCAUACAGAAGUAUAUAUAAUAAAAUUUAGUCGCUUGCAAAAGGGUGAACUACUUUAAAUCGAAUGCAAUUUACGAUCGUUUUUAUAUAGGCAGCUGUUACAAUAUUGCUGUGGAGGCAAACGCACCGUCACAAGACGUAAAUUUCUUGGCGGCACUCCUUCAUUCCUGCCAAUUCCACUGGACUACUUCGCCUAUAGAGGAAUUAUAUAUGAUGCCAGUCAGCUUCCCGAUACUAUAUCACUGUAUAAUGAAAAGUAG